GAGUCGGUGUGUUGUGUUCCGCUUCUGGUUAAUGUAUAGACGGUGUGCAUCUACAAGUAAUGGAAAAUUUUAACUCGAUAACUCCAAAGAUGGGUGCUUAAUGUCAAGAUUGCAAGUAUGAAGUCGAAAUCAACGGCCAAUGACGAGACCAAAAUUCCAGAUUCCAGACAACAACUUGAUUCUACUGAUUCCGAGUCGGCACCACUUCUAGAAGAGAGCACGCAGAACAACGAGGGGGACGUGAAAUCUCAUGGAACGAGACGUUUCUUUCGUCAUUGCUUCGUGUUAAGUCUAGGACUUGUCCUGUUGGUCAUCGCCUUCACAAUACUACAGCUUGGAGUACUCAACCAAUACGUGUAUUUUUACUUCCACAAAUACUAUUUUGGUAAUCUGACUUUCCAGUUCGAGCCUUCGGAUAAGUCAUAUUGCAAAGCAAACAACGUUUCCUCAGAUAUAAAAGAUGCCGAGAACAAAAUCCAAGUUCUGGCCUCGCAGUUUCUAAUUUACACCUCCUUAGUAUUAUUCAUUCCUCCUAUACUUGGAAACCUUUUCUUUGCUACGCUGAGCGACACAUAUGGAAGAAAACCCUUCAUUAUCCUUCCAAUUGUAGGGUCUUUCCUGAGAUGUGUCUUAUUUGUGAUUGGUAUUCACUACGAGAUAAAUCUCUACUGGUUGAUUGUUUUCUUGCUUGUGGAGGGUGCAACAGGGGGGUUAUUUAGUCUACUCUCGGUAGCCUUGUCGUAUGUGGCUGAUAUAACAGAACCCGGAGACAGUCGUAUUUUCCUGCUGGUGAUCAUCGAGGUGAGCGCCGGAGUGGGUGGUCUUAUAGGGUCCCUCUCUUCUGGCUAUCUCAUUCGAACAUUUGGUUUCACUAUAUCAGCGCUGAUUUCAACGAUAUGUGUUUUUCUAUCUAUUUUAAUCAUGGGACUGUUCCUUCCUGAAUCUCUACCGCAUGAGAUUAAGUCGAAAUCAAAAAGAUUGCAAUUCUGUGAUAAAUUAAAAGGAUUGACAACGUUUUAUACAAGCAACAGAUAUGGAAAAGGGACUCAGUGGCGAUAUGUGUUUUCUAUUUUGAUUGUCAUAUGUGUUCACCUAGGCACACAGGGUAAAUCAAGUGUUGAAACCCUGUAUCAGUUGAAUGCACCGUUUUGUUGGAAUUCGGUGCUUCUUGGCUGGUUUCUCGCCAUUCGGAUCGCAUUUGCCUACAUCAUUGGUUUAGUGCUUCUUCGCCUUUUGCAACGUUGCAUAUCAAAUGAAUUUUGUGGUCUUAUUGGAGCAGUAUCGCACGCUAGUUCGUUUCUUCUGGAAGCCUUUGCGGAGGAGAGUUUUGAAAUGUUUCUCGUUCCUGUCGUUGGAUUUGGAUCUGCAAUGAUUGGACCGAUUAUGAAGGGAUUGAUGUCUAAAAUGACUCCAGCAGAUAAACAAGGGACCUUAUUUGCGGGUAUUGGGAUGACUGAAUCCUUCUGUAACAUCAUUGGUGUCACGGUCAGUAACGCUGUAUAUAGCGCCACGGUGGCAGACAUGAGGGGGUUUGUGUUUCUUAUGUUUGCUGGGAUCAGUACUGUAGCAGUAAUCUUAAUAUUCAUUCUCUGGUUAGCUGGUGUAGUUGGCGGAUCUAAAGAUAUGACUUACGAAGAAAAGGAAAUUGUUGUUGAUCCAGAGGAGAAAUAAAUGGCUUAUUAAUGACCAAAAAAACACAUUAAAAAGAAUUUAGAUAAAAGAUGAUUUAAAAAUAUCAGCAUAACUGGUGGAACUACAGAGAGUUUCGGUUGGAUCCCGUACUAUUUUUGCCAGAGAGAGAGAGGGAGAGAGGGAGGGAGAGGGAUUACCGAAAAACAAGAACAUUUCUGAGUGAGACAAAACCUUGCUAAAGAACUGUUGUGUAAUGGUAAACUCAAACGUUGUAGUCCUUUACCAGCUGCAGCGUUAUGGUUUUAGAUGCUUUAAGUUCUGAAUUAAGCUACUUAUGUAGUCAAAAUUCUAAGUGAUUAUUCCGGUUGAAUAAAGGAUAUAAAUUAUGCAGAUAUAUGUAUAUAACUAGUUAUCAUUUAUAUUUUGUGUGGUAAACUUUAAGAUUUGUAUAUUCUAUUAUAUAUCUUGAAACACGCUGGAUUACACGAUUACUAAUUACGCAUAUUAAAAUCACAUGUUUUUUGCUUAUAAAUCUAAAUAAAAGAUGACCACACGUGGA